UAGCCGAAUUUGGAGCGCUGUUUCCCGGCCAGCCUUGUAGCUCUGACUCGCUGAGAUUUCAUCAUCUUCCUCUACCCCCUACUCCCAGCAGCAGGGCCCUGUAACCGCAGUUCAAGAUGGAGCUCCGGACGAUGGUACCCGCUCUGCUCUUCCUCUCUGCCGCCUGUCUGCACUCGGUGUCCGGCGCAGCUUCACGGACAGGACCGAAAGUCACCGAGAAGGUGUUUUUUGAUAUUACAGUCGGAGGUCAUGAGGUGGGGCGGAUCGUCAUCGGCCUUUUUGGGGAGGUCGUCCCACUCACUGUCAAUAACUUUGUCGCCCUAGCAACCGGAGAGAAAGGUUAUGGCUACAAAGAGACAAAGUUCCACAGAGUCAUCAAGGACUUCAUGAUCCAGGGAGGAGACUUCACAGCUGGAGAUGGAACUGGAGGUCACAGCAUCUACGGAACAACUUUUGCCGAUGAAAACUUCAAACUGAAGCAUUUGGGAACAGGCUGGGUGAGUAUGGCAAACGCGGGUCCAGACACCAACGGAUCGCAGUUCUUCAUCCUGGCUACUAAAGCACCGUGGCUGGACGGGAAACACGUGGUUUUUGGCAAAGUCCUGGACGGGAUGUCUGUGGUUCACACCAUCGAGCUCCAGGACACCAACGAUAGGAACCUGCCGUACACCGAGUGUGUGGUCGUCAACAGCGGCAGGAUCCCCGUCAAAGAGCCCUUCGUGGUGGAGGUGGAGGGCUGGUAGACAACACUGUGAGACAGUUAACUACAAGGACAGAAUGUGAUUAUUAUAAACUGGUGAUCAAUCACAUGUCCAGAUUGCUAAAUUAACAUGUUGACAUUAUAAGUUUUGCAUGUUAAGGUUCUAACACCAACAAGCUAUGUAUCAGAAAUGAGUAUUUAAACCCUGAAAACAUUUGAUCAAAAAAGCCUGAGCAAAGCUUAUAAACUGACAGAGCAUUCAAUUCAAAUUUGAGUUGGUAACAAAAAAACAAGCUAUUGAGCAUUUUACACUGAAUGCUAUUAUGUUACCAUGCUAACAAGCUAACAUAUGACUUCUAAUCCAGGCUAAAUGUUACAUGCUAAACGUUAGCAAGUAAAAAAUCUAGCUGUAUCAAGCUAACAAUAGGCUGGCUAAUGCUAGCUUGCAAUCAAACACUUGUUUUUGUUACAAUAAUCUCAAUUUGAGACUGAUUUCUACAGAGAUAAUAUAAGUUACAGAUGUAUUAAUUUUGUUAUAACAUAUCACACUGUGAUGUCAAACAAUUGUCUGUGAAGGGAGGAACGAUUUAUAUAUAAACAUUCUAAAAGUAAUUGAGGUUAAAUGACACAAAAUGACUCGAAGGAAAACACUCUUUGGUUGGCUAAAAGCCUUAUAUCUUCAAAAUUGCCAACUCAAACGAAAACUAGUUUUGAAAAGAAUUAGCCUUGAGGUGUGAUUUUAGGGGAAAUACACUCUAAUGGAAUUAGAAAAUCAUAUAACUAAGAGAAAAAAUCCACAUAAGAGCCAAUUUUGCUCCGUAUUUACUUUUAUUUUAUUUUAAAGUAAAUAGAUUUUUUGGGCUAUUCACUUUUAUUUACCUGUGUAAUAGGACCCCUGAUAUAUAAGCAUUCCAAUUCAACCACGACAAAUUUGAUGAUAUGAGGUUUUCAGUCAAUAAUGACACACUGUAUGCAGAGAGGAGUAGUCCAUAUUCAUCGGGUUCACUGUGGUUCAUGUUUAAUACGUUAGCAUACUUGCAUAUUCAGUAGAUGGUGCCAGGUAGACCAUCUACAAUCUUAAUAAUGAAUUGUGACCUCAAACAUGACCAACAUCAUGGAAACUUGCACUUAAAUACAGUAUGUAGCUCCUCUUUAAUCUCCAAAUUUGCUUGCACUUUCUAUGCAUCAUAUCAAAGUAUAUUCAAUUAAAUUGCUGUUCACAAACAUAUGCAAAAAACUAACUUUGUAGCAAGUACUCAAUCUUGCAAUACUUUUUUUUGUAUCUUUCCAUCAUUGAACAUACAGAGGUCCUUUUUAUGUUUUUAUUUUAUUGAGAUCUUCCUGAUGCAUUAUCCACCAUAUCAUGUUUGCAAAAACUACAGCACAAAUUGCACAGGAAAGAAAAUGUUCAAAAGGUGUCAAAGUAGUGAUUAAUAUAUAGUAGCUGUCCUCUCAAUGAUUUUAAAGGUUGUUAUUUGUGUGUUGUUGCUGACUUAUUUAGACUUUGUUUUUGAUGUUACAUCUAUUUUCCCUUUUCUCAUUGCCGUGGGGUUUAACUGGUUAAAGUGAUUAUUGUGAUCUCAAUUCAACCAAAACUGUCGCUGUAGCAUUAUAAUCUAGCAAAGUCCUGAAGGUUACAUCAGGACUUCAGAAGGUCAUAUUAAUCAAGUAAAUGUAGCAUUUUAAAUGUCUUCAACAAACGUAUCAGGAGUUCUGUUUUCAUUAUUUAUUAACCACAGAAGCAGAGUGCCAACAGGUGUGUUUUCUACAAUAAACAAUAUGCUGUUGCAAAAAACA